ACGCCUGUCCUCCAUUGCCCAAAUCUCACAUUUGAAGGUUAAAGUCAGUCAGUGUUCAUCAUACCGCACUUCAAUCCAGCGGUAACCACUCUCCCCCCUCUUCUCUACAUUUACAGACCCAUUAAACCAGCAAAAUGUCGAUAUUUGGUGAAGUCCCACAGGCUGCUCCUGUCGCAGUGUUCAAACUGACAGCAGAUUUCCGUGAGGAUCAGGAUCAGAAGAAGGUGAAUCUGGGAGUCGGAGCCUACAGGACAGAUGAAUGUCAGCCCUGGGUUCUCCCCGUGGUGAGGAAAGUGGAGAAGAUGAUCGCUGAUGACCACAGUUUGAACCACGAGUACCUGCCCAUCCUAGGCCUGCCAGAAUUUCGUUCCAGCGCAUCUAAGAUCGCUCUUGGUGAAGACAGUCCUGCUAUUAAGGAGAACCGGGUAGGGGCUGUGCAGUGUUUAGGAGGUACUGGUGCUCUAAAGAUCGGAGCUGAAUUUCUUCGCCGCUGGUACAAUGGAACUGACAACACAAAAACUCCAGUUUAUGUGUCUGCACCAACAUGGGAAAACCACAAUGCCGUUUUCUCUAAUGCUGGGUUUGAGGACAUCCGUCCAUACAAAUACUGGGACCCAGUGAAGCGUGGACUCGAUCUGGCAGGUUUUCUGGGUGACAUGGAGAGUGCACCUGAUCACUCCAUCUUCGUUCUGCAUGCCUGCGCCCACAACCCCACUGGCACAGACCCCACCCAGGACCAGUGGAAGCAGAUUGCUGAAGUCAUGAAGCGAAAGAAUCUGUUUGCCUUCUUUGAUUCAGCCUAUCAGGGCUUCGCCUCAGGAGAUUUAGAGAAGGACGCCUGGGCCGUGCGUUACUUUGUAUCACAGGGUUUUGAAUUGUUCUGUGCUCAGUCGUUCUCCAAGAACUUCGGUCUGUACAAUGAGAGAGUGGGAAACCUGACUGUUGUAGCCAAAGAUCAAGACAAUGUGAAUCGUGUGCUGUCUCAGAUGGAGAAGAUCGUGAGAAUCACCUGGUCAAACCCUCCGUCACAGGGAGCUCGUCUGGUCGCCAUCACACUAAACACCCCGGAACUCUUUGCUGAAUGGAAGGCCAAUGUGAAGACUAUGGCAGACCGAGUUCUGCUGAUGCGAGCUCAGCUGAAGGAGAAACUGAAGGCUCUGGGAACUCCUGGAACCUGGGAGCACAUCACUGAACAGAUCGGCAUGUUCAGCUUCACUGGUCUCAACCCUAAGCAGGUGGAGUACAUGAUAAAAGAAAAGCACAUUUAUCUAAUGGCCAGCGGCCGCAUCAACAUGUGCGGUCUCACCUCCAAGAACAUCGACUAUGUGGCGGAGUCCAUUCACGAGGCUGUCACUAAAGUCCAGUAAUCACCGUCACCUGUUUGUUUGUGUGUGUGUCAACAAGAACAUAGACGCACACAGGCACACACACACCAACACACACCUUCACACACCAACUUGUGCUGGUCUAAUUUACUCAUCAGCAAGAUCCUGUUUUAAUUUUGUAAUUAUAAACAAUGAAACUGUCCCAGAAUAUGAAUAUAUAUAUAUGCACACAAUUUCCUUCCCUAUGCCCUUCUCAUGUGUUUAAAUAUUCUGUGCGUUUCAUUUUAGUCUUGUUUUUGUAAAUAAGCACUUUGAGGAUGGGUUUAACUAUGGAAGCUAGUUUCUGCCACAAAAAAAUAAUUAAAAAAUAAGAUAAAAACCUCACAAAUGAGGCUUUUAUGGUUUAUAUCUUGCCCCUUUUGACUUCUUUCCCCCACAAUCGAUAGAAAAAAGUUAAAACAAUGCUACAUUUUUCGGAUAAAGGUAACAUUUCCAAGAGGGAAAAAAGUCAAAGUUACAAAAUAUAAUCUUUUCUUGGAAUUUUAGUCAUUUUUUGUUCAUGAAUCCAAGUUUGUAUCUUGCAGUUUCUAAGAGGAAAAAUAUUUCACCCUAUAUUUUGCAAAGUUUAGUUCCAACCCUGCUUCAACACACUUACCUGUGGGUUUCAAACAAGCCUGAAGUACUCAGUUAGUUUAAUCAGAUUUGUUUAAUCAGGGUUAAAGAUAAACUGUGCAGAACUGUGGCUUUUUGCAAGUUUAAUUUGCAUCUUUGAAUGGAAUCAGCUAAUGUGACUCUUCAAGCUCGCUGUCGGAAGGAAUGAGCCCAACUGCUUAAUCUUGUUCUUUACCUCCAUAAAAUGUUUCAAUAUCCAUUUCCUGUGAGGAAUAGUAUACAGUAAUGCUAUAUACAUAUUUCUAUAUAUACAUUUCUGCACAUUUCCAUCAAUAGGAUGUUAUUGUAUUUACAAAGGGGGUCUAAACUGCAAAGUUGCCCUGAGGCAAGAAAUGAAAAAUUACCAUUUUAGUAUACAGAUAAUAACAUAAAGUGUCUCAAUCAAAUAUGCUUCACAUAUCUAUGCACAUCACACACAUUGUUAAUGUAAAGACAUUUAAAUAUGUUACAAAGUUAAAUCUAAUUUAUGUUCUGCUAGCAGUGUGCUCAAGCAGGCUAUUGUCCCAAAAUGGCUGUUUUGCCCCCAGAAGAAAGAUCAAACCCUCACCCACCUUAAAUUUUAUUGGUCACAAGCUAUUAUUAGACUUUUUUUUGUGAUAUUUUAUUUUAAAAAAAUUAAAGGGGGGGUUUUCUGGGCCAAAAAACUGGUUUGUUGCCUGAGUGCAACACCAUGCCAUAGAGGGUUAAAUGGUAUUUUCCUCAGAAUUGCAAGAAAUAAAGUCAGAGUUUUAGAAAAAUCUGAAUUGUGAGAUAUAAACUAUUUUUAAAGAAGUAAAAGUCAGAAUUAUGCGAUGUUUUACUUUUUUUUAUCAUGCGAAGAAAUGUGCUUCCAUAGUUUACAGUCAGCCAAACUCCAGUCUCUGGAUUACAUUAAUCUAAAGGCUCCAGCUUGACUGAUUUCAUUAUCUCUCAUGCUCCUUGGAUUAAAUUACAACAGAUCAGUGAGAUUAAAUCUGAGUUUAUUGACUAACUCCGAACAGAAACAGAUAUGACAAAAAAAGAAGUCCUAUCUUAUCUUUAUCAUCCCAUUUCACUGUAUUGAGUGCUAAACUGAAGGACGAUGUGUCUGUGAAGCUUGCACUGAGAUGAAUGACUGCAGAACUUGAAUAACUGAGGGCAUUAGAUUGUGUUUCGCUGUUAUUUUCAAUAGGAUUUAUUUGCUCCUAGUUCAUUAAAUGGCUUAACUCAACAUUUUACCCCUAAAUCAAAUUUUUGUUGAAUAACUUUUUAACUUAUUGUAAAAUUGGAGGGAAAAUCCUGCAUCUCAUGUCUACUGAAGGCAGGUCAAUUCUUUUUAAAGUGAUUUUGAAGUUCAACGUUUCUUUGGCGGUGCUCAUUCUGGAACUUCUGGGUCGUGAAGAGCCCAGGCAUCGUUUUGCACUUUAUUUUCCGAUGUCUUUUUAAUCUGCUGAAUCUGCUCCAUCUCAUUGUGUUCCGGCUCGUUUGUACACUGCAGUACUGUUUAAUGAAUGUGCAGUCAUUAGUCCAAGUACAUUACUCCCCCAACCAGCUCAUUAUAGUGUCGUAAGAUCAAACCACUAGGAGUAUAACAGCUCUCUGACCACAAGUAUACUAAUCAAAGUACAUUGAAAUAAAUGAAGUAAGUUGACAUGUC